AUGAGCUCAAACGACCACCUACGAUCCAACUUGCACAGAGAACUCGUCGCAUCAGGAAAGCGGGACCAGCUGGUGGAACUGUUGAAGUCACGGCUAAUUGAAUCUGGAUGGCGGGACGACUUGAAGACCUACACCAAAGAGAGAAUCAACUCCAAGGACUCGGCCCAGUCAGUCGACGAGAUCAUCAAAGACGUCAGUCCGCACGCCCGAGCCACGGUCCCAGACAAGGUCAAGACAGAGCUCCUGGCCCAGAUCAGCGCCUUUGUCGAAGAUAGCAUGUAA